AUGACUCCAACACAAAAAGGCUAUGCGCCAAAUCUUACGGUCUUCAAGAAGUCACUCAAGGCUGCCUCUGUAGAGACAUCCAUCGAAAAUCUGAUCUCACUACUCAAGCGAAGGCAGAUCAAGAACUCGAGACCAUGUGCCAUGGCUACUGCUGAGCUGCUGCGCAUAGUAGUAGCGAGGGAUAGGUGGACAGAUCUCGGCAAACUGAUAGCACAUAUUCAAGAUGUGGGACGGAGACUCGUGGAGGCUCAACCAAGAGAGUUGGCUGUCGGCAACAUUGUCAGGCGAGUUCUCGGUAUGAUCAGGGAUGAGGGGAAUGAGGACAGGAAAAAUGAGGGGAGCGAUUCCGGUUCUGCCACAGGCUCUCCACAACUUGAAUUCAGCAUACCAGCGCCGACGACCACCAAACGACCCCCUUCAAGUUCACUCCGAUUUGCCUCUACCGAUGGUGUUCAUUUUACCGAAGACAGACCAACUACUCGACCACCUUUAAUGACAUCCCACACAUCCUAUGCCGUGGCGAACAACGUUCCGGUGCAGCAGUCUAUGUUCAAUCUACUCUCUGCCACAGGAUCGCCAAAUCUUACACCUUCAGGAGCAAAUUCUCCGCACGGUGACUCCACACCACAUCCUUUCGCUCUCUCUGAGAAGAUGAUCAAUUCAACGAAAGAUUUGAGGGCAGAGGUAGUUAACGGCAUCGAAGAAAUCCUUGACGAGCUCGAGCAGGUUGAUGAUCAAAUUGCGGCCUAUGCUUUAGAGCACAUUCACUCUAACGAGGUCAUUCUAACGCACUCUUCGUCUGUCACGGUGUAUAAGUUUCUCCUCAAGGCUGCAGAUAAACGGAAAUUCACAGUUAUCAUCGCAGAGUCAUACCCAAAUGACCACGAAGAAACACAUUUGGCAGUUAUGGGCAAGAUGAAGGACCCCGAAAGUGAAGAAGAGGAUAAAGAGACGUACUUGAAAUCUCUUCAGGCUGCUGGGAUUACUGUUAUUCUCGUGACAGAUGCUUCGAUCUUUGCGAUUAUGUCUCGAGUCAACAAGGUGAUUCUUGCGACCCAUGCCGUCAUUGCCAAUGGUGGUUUGGUAGCUGCUGCAGGUGCAAGAAUCAUUGCGAGAGCUGCGAAAGCUCACCGCACGCCGGUCAUCGUUCUCAGUGGAGUCUACAAGCUUAGCCCAGAACACCCUUUCGAAUUUGAAUCUCUGAUAGAGUAUGGUGAUCCUGGAAGUAUCGUUGGCUAUGAGGAUGGAACGCUGGUGGAGAAGAUGGAAGUGGACAAUCCUCUAUACGACUACGUGCCUCCAGACCUGGUCGACCUCUACAUCACGAAUUUAGGUAGCCACGCACCUUCGUACUUGUACAGGAUUGUAGCAGACCAUUACAAGCCGGAAGACGUCAAUUUCAAUAAUCCGGAGCUACUAUUUUGA